AUGGAGUCUACCCUCAAGGAGCUAAUGGACCAAGCUUCGAGUCGUUUAAUGGACAUAAAAGGCCUUCAUGAAGAAAGGAUAAAAAUAUUACAGCAGUUAUCUAGUUUGCAGAACAUGCUAAAGAAUGUGAAGUGUAUUUCCUCUUCCCAAGCCUAUCAGUUGGUGAGAGAUCAAAUAGAAAAGUCAAAGUCUGAAGUUUUUGAGUGCCAGGCCUUAUUUGAGAAACUACAGGUUGAGAAGGAUAAUCUUUUGUGGAGGGAGAGGGAACUGAAUGUGAAGAGUGACAUUGCUGAUGUUUUCGAAGAUCUUCUGCAGUUGUUGAUUCUAGAAUUUCUGAUCUGGGUAUAG